AUGAUUUUGAUUAAGUCCCUCUCAUUUUCUUCUUUCUUUUUUCUUUCUUUCUUUCUUUCUCUUUUCUUUCUAUCUAUCUAUCUAUCUAUCUAUCUAGCUAUCUAUCUAUCCGUACACUUUUCUUCAGCGUCGUUUUUUCUUACUAAGUUUUAUGCAUUUUUUUGUUUUUCUUCUUAUUCUUUUUUUUCUCGUUUAUUCCUUUUAUCUUUUUUCUUCCUUUUCCUCUUCAUUUUUUUUCAUCUCAUUCCUUUAUUCUUCCAUUCGUUCUUAACUUCCUUCUUUUUAAUUUCAAACAUAAUUCUAUCCUUUCCAUUUACUUUUCGGCUUAACUUCUUCCUUACUUUAUACUUUUCUCUUGUGUUUCUUUCUCUCUUUCUUUCCUUCCUUGUUUUUAUCGUCCGUACUUGUAAAGGCCGACUUACCAAUUACGGAGGUUCCCGUGAAAACGAACCGGGCAUUGCCUGUGUUGAUAAUAAGCAGUUUCUCCGCAAAGAGUGGAAUCGAUUUCAGACACCUCUUGGCGAUCAUUUCUUUUGA